AAUAUUCCGUGUAUUUUCUAAUAAAUUGAGGAACGAUUAUUGUGUUUCUCUCGAUAAUGGGGGACCGUGACAUCCCAAGUGUUCCCGUCACAACAUUAGCUGGUCUAACCAGCACAUCUGAUUUGCUCAGCGAGUUGCCUGUAUCCGAUUGUCUACAGAGCGCUUCAUCUUUUAAUAAAUCGCUCCUGUUCCAUUCGUUAGUGGCCAACGAAUCUAAUAAUCUCCUGUCAGUCCGUGAUGAAAAUCUAGUAAGACAGUUGGUAAAUGCCAUUGAGCAAACGAACUCGGACAAUAUAGAACUUAAGCCGCAAUAUGCCAUACAUCAACAUGGUGCUAAUAUUAGUACAUAUCCUGAACUACUGCAGGGUAUUUACAACUAUCGCCCAACUGUAUUUAACACUCCACGGCAAAACGCAAUAAAUGAUCACACGGUUGAGCAACACCUCCCGGAACACUUACAGAAAAAGCAUCCAACGCAUUCCAAGCAAACAGGCCUUGUUAAUAAUGUAAACGAUAUUUGUAGGGAGGCAUACAAUUUUAAUGCUAACUAUCAGCAUCCUCAUCUCAACGAAUAUGUUCAUCAGUCAAUCAGUACUGUAGCUAAGAGCAACUUACCUGGUCAACGUGAUUCUACAUCAAGUAGAAGUCAGAUUGAAUCCAUAGUUUCUAGAGAAAAUAUAGUAAUACAUGAGGAACACACAUCCCGAAUUCAAUCAUUAAAUGCCAAUCAUCAUGGAGAGCAACUCCAAGCGUACUAUCAUCAAUACCAACAUAAAAAUCCCAUUGGUCUACCAAAAAGCAAAACCACAAACUCAUCUAUCGACCAUAACCAAUUACAUCAGAACGCAUUUCAAACUCCGUCAUCAACUACAUCGACAAUUCAAGGAAAUUUUCAAAAUGUAUUGAACCUACAAAGACAGCAGAUCGCCGAUGGAGGGGUCGUCCAGCAACAAUACAGCAAACCUCCUUCACCAUCAAAGUCACUAAUAAUUGUGGCAAAUAAUAGUACAUUUGUAAACGACUUUAACCAAUGUACAAAUCUUACAUCAACUGCCACCUCAGCAUCCACAUCUUCAAGCGGCAAGUCCCAGGUUCGGUCACCAGAAAUGGCUAGAAGUAUGGGGUUACUUCAAGAAACAACUAGCAAGCAUCCUGUUAAUGAAUAUCUGUCAUUGGCUGCUAAUUUCAAUUCAUCUGGGACAUCUGGUAUUCCGAAGACUGAGUCUACAGUCGCGAGUUGUGCACCAUCUACUGCAGAUAUGUUUGCUGUUAUUAAAGCUGAUGAGAAACGCACUGGAACUAAAAGAAAAUUGGCCAUUUCCCUCGGAGAUAUCCCUCCAGAGCAAAUAUAUUCGAAACCCAAGCUGCGGCGAGUUGAACGCAUAAUGACCCUGCCAACACCAAAAGGAAUAAAAGAAGAAGUCAUCCGCUCCCAGACAUACCAACAGUUUAUGAAAAAUAUGGAGCAGAUUAUUGAAAUGCUAGAUGAUACGGAAUCCCCUAACUUCGAUACAGAAGAUGUAGAUGAUAAUAUAGAGUGCAUUCCGCCAAAACUUCUGAACACAAUGAGUGAUGAUGUGGCAAAGUUAAAAGCUAAACAGGCAUUGGAUUCAAUACCAAAAAACAAACUGACUCUUCUUAUCAACUACGCCAUGCGCAACGUUUACUUAGCUAGAAAUUAUUCUGCUGGACAGGAAGACGAAGAUGAUAUAGUUGAUGACGAAGUUAUAGAAAAAAUAUUAAACGCUAUGGAUGCUUGCUUACUCAUAUGCAAUAUUUAUUCAACAGUGAGCGACUUAAAGUUUUUGCAAGAAGAUAAUAUAUCACACAUAAUUAAAUUUGCUCAAUUCCAACUACGUGAAACUAUAUUUCCCUUACACGAUCCUGUCUAUACUGUAAAAAGUGUUAAGAAAACUAGUCAACGCAAAAAAGCUAAAUCCCAUCAAAGUCACCAUAGGAACUUACAACUUUUUUAUUCUAAAGUUGUUGAGCUUUUAAAGGUAUUCGUGACACUCUUUGACAAAUGUAUAUUUGUUGAUACUAUUGUUCUGCCGUUAUCAACGCUUGCAAUCGAGCCAUUUUUUGUAGACAACAUCGAAACAUUGCAGUUUGUUUGCUUGGAGCUGGUCACAACGGUAAGUGCACUUCCCUAUUAUUUAAAAUGUAUGUGUGAAUAUUCUGAUACAUCAGAUUCUGGAUCCUGUGAUGAAAAUUACCCUGACGACUCUAAUAAAAAUGGCAAUCGACCUGUCGACGUUGUUGAUUAUGAACUGAAUCUUGAAAUUUUUAAUGUCUUAGAAGAACGAAAACGGUACUUGAUUAGUAAAAUUAAACCAUUUCCAGUGGGCGAGCAAAGCCAUCAACACAUAAAAACGUAUAUAGAUUACAAUAAUGCACAGUUGAUAGCUCAAUAUUUAGCUACGAAACGGCCAUUUAGUCAGUCAUUUGAUGGAUGUCUUAAAAAAAUUAUUUUAGUCGUUAAUGAACCAUCAAUCGCUGUGAGAACACGAGCAAUGAAAUGUCUAGCAAAUAUUGUUGAAGUUGAUCCUCUGGUACUAAAGCGAAAGGACAUGCAAAUGGGUGUUAAUCAAAAAUUUCUAGAUACUGCAAUAUCAGUGCGCGAAGCUGCGGUUGACUUAGUAGGAAAAUUUGUACUUAGCAAUCAGGAAUUAAUAGAUCAAUACUACGAUAUGCUUUCGACUCGAAUAUUGGACACUGGUGUUUCAGUAAGAAAGCGUGUAAUAAAAAUUUUGCGUGACAUUUGUAUUGAAUAUCCUGAUUUCGAAAAAAUACCUGAAAUUUGUGUAAAAAUGAUACGCCGCGUUAACGACGAGGAAGGCAUUCAAAAGCUUGUUACGGAAGUUUUUAUGAAAAUGUGGUUCACACCAUGUGUCAAGAAUGACAAGUACGGUAUACAACGGAAAAUUAAUCAAAUCAUUGAUGUGGUGAACAGUGCUCAUGACACUGGUACAACGUGGUUAGAGGGUCUUCUAAUGAGCAUUUUCAAGCCAAAAGAUAAUAUGGUUAAGCUUGAUGGAAGUACUCAGGAGAGUGUAAAAAAAAAUACAGAGCCACCACAAGAAAUUGUAUUAGCUUGCCAGCAAUUAGCUGAUGGUCUUGUGGACAGGCUAAUUGAAUUGGAGGACACCGACAAUGCACGUAUGCUUGGCUGCAUAACUACAAUUCAUUUGCUAGCUAAAGUACGGCCUCAGCUCUUGAUUAGACACGCUAUGACAAUAGAGCCUUAUUUAAAUAUUAAAUGCCAUUCAGCUUCUGCAGCAAAAUUUAUUUGUGCAGUGGCUGAUAUUCUUGAAAAGGUUGUACCUCUAGUUAACAAUGCGAGCGAAUCGUUUUUGGCAUCUUUAGAAGAGCAUCUGAUGCUGCUAGUAGUAUCAAGAAAUCAAGCUGAGGUUACAAGUUGUGUUUCUUGUUUGGGAGCACUCGUAAAUAAGAUUACAAAAAAUUUUAAAUUGAUUCGCGAUUGCUUUCAAAAGUUUUACCGUGUUCUGGAGCUGUCUAGAAAUCAAGUUGAGCAAAAUGCUUUUCAUAUUGAUAAUAUUUACACCCCUAGCUUUCGGAGAAGUCUAUUUACUAUUGGUAUUUUAAUGCGAUAUUUUGAUUUUAGUUCCCCAAUAGCAUUAGGUGAUGCAAAUAACGGACUUCCUCCAACAAUAUGCGAUAACGUGUUUGAAUGUUUAAUGUUCUUUUGUGGUUGCUCCAAUCACGAAAUUCGCAAACAAGCACUUAUAUCACUUGGCUCCUUCUGUGUUAUGAAUGAUGAUUAUUUGACUCGAUCAGAGCUUAAACAAUUUUACUGUGAUUUACUGAGGUCAUCCUCAAAUGAUGGUGGGAUUAAAAUAAUCUGCAUGCGCAAUAUUUGGAUAUAUUUAACUGAAUCUGAAAUGUUCAUGCACAACAAAGAGAAGGAGUGGGAAAAGCAAUCAAAGCAUGAAGACUUAAAGGAAAUGAAUGAUGUUUCGUCUGGUAUGGCUAGUCGCAUCAUUCAGCUCUAUUUGGAAGAAAUUCUCGACUGUUUCCUUAAUCGAGACGAUGCAGUCCGACUGUGGGCAGUCAAAGUCGUGCAAAUUGUUCUUCGCCAAGGCUUGGUGCACCCAGUUAGAAUGGUACCUUAUUUGAUAUGUUUGAGCACCGAUUUAAAGGUUGAGUCAGCCCAUAGAGCGGAUGCCUUGUUGAAAGAUAUUGAUAAAACAUAUUCAGGAUUUGUGAAUAUGAAAGUUCAAUUCGGGCUUCAACUUUGCUUUAAGCUACAGGAGAUAUUACAAAAAAACAAUAAGGCGAAAAACGAAAUUAUACGAGGUUAUGCAAAACGAGGGCCUGAUCAAGUAACAACAGCUUUGAAUGACUUUCUGUAUACAUUACUCCGAACCACAAAACCACAAAGACGCGCGUUGGUUCAGACGGUUACGAAACAAUUCGAUGAUAAUAAAACAUCAUUACAGCAAAUGUUAUACAUCGCCGACAAUCUUGCAUACUUUCCAUACGCGGUUCAAGAUGAGCCUCUAUACUUAAUCCAUCAAAUCGAUUUACUUAUAUCGAUGGCUGGUACACAUCUUUUAACUACUUUUAAAGAACACCUUAGACCAAGUGACAAGGGAGGAGACGUUCUUGAAGACGAUGAUGAUGAGGAGGACCCACAUGUUCUUUUUAGUCGUCUUCCUGAAGAUAUGACCGAAAUAAAAAAAUGUAUAACUUCCGCGCAAGCCUGUAUGCUACUACUUGUACUAAAAGAGCACCUAAAAGAAAUGUAUGGCUUAACUGACGGAAAAAUAUCACGUUAUUCGCCGUCUGAGCAGAAGCUAUAUGAAAAGGCGGUAACACGUAGGAUCGUCGCAGACUUUAAUCCAAGAACCACAAUCGAUGUGAUUAAAAAGCAACCUCAAAAUUUUACAAGCACGGAUACUGACUGUUUUUCUAGGGAAUUAUCGGAUGAAGAAAAAUUAGAUCUUGUUGUAAAAUAUUUGGAUUUCAAAAAGUUGAUGCUUAAACUAGAUCCGGAAGACGCUGAUUCUGAUGCAGAUGAAUCUCGCGACAAGACAAAACUCAAUAAUUCAGGGUUAACAGAAGAAAGUUCAACAACUCCAAGUCAAAUUCUCAACGACAAGCCAAACUCCGUUUCUAUUCCAGCUGUGACUUAUUGUAAAAUUCAAACAUCAUCCACUACAUUAAUCACUGACACGUCAAAUAUCGAUACAUUGACCUUUCGUACAGCGAAAUCGGCACUCUCUCCUGUGAAGCUAAAUGCGCGGAAACAGAACCAACAACGCAAUAAAAAGAAACGACGCAAAAUUAUGUCAUCUGACGAAGAUGAUGAAUACAGCGGCAAUGACUAUUCGUGAGAUGUUUUAGUCUUAUUGGUUAAACCAUAUAAU